CGGUUACUAUACUAGUACGCGCGCUUCCCGAGAGCAACAAAACAGACAGCAGUCAUCAGAUCUCCAGGCACCUCGAGCGAUCGAGAGACCUGGGCAAACACGUGGUUGUGUUGUCUCUGGCUGUCAUCAUCAUCAUCACAGAACAAACUCAACUAACUCAAUUGACAUCUAUCUAUGCCGUGAGAAAAGACCUCUCAUCAUCCGAACACAACAACAACUAGCGAGUGGUAUACCGAGUCGGGGAGACAGACAUUUAGAGAAGUCUGGAGCUGUCUAAGAGUGUAGUAGCUCCAGGUUUCUCUUGGCUUUGAGAUUUGUUUCGAGAACUCCAUCAUCAUCAUCAUCAUCUAUCUAUCUUGACUGUCGAUUGACUGAUUGAUCAUCAAAAAGAAAGAUGAGCAGCAGCAGCGCUGCCAAGAAAAAGUCAGGAGGCGUUGGCAGCCGUACGAGUGCCUCGUACGAAGAGACGAUUGUGCACGGGAAGAAGCGCAAAGUGUGGCGUUCGACAGCCUCGAAUACGGCCAACAUGAUGUCUCCCGAGGCGGCUGCCAAUUACCUGCAACAAGCAGCCGAAGCCGCCGCGGCAGCCGCCGCCGCCGCCGCUGGGAGUGGAGGCGAGAGUGUCCAGAUCACAUUGGGUCCCAACGGAAUUGCCGCACACACGACGAGUGCCGGUGGUGCCAUGGAAUCGCUGCAUUGGAUGAAUCCCAAUUAUGCCGCUGGUAGUUCUUCUCAUCGAGGACCGGGUGGAUUAGUGACUCCUCUCUCCAGUCUGGGAGUCAAUAUGAACAUGAGCAUGAAUAUGAAUUUGAGUGGCAACCCUUCGUCUUCCAGCAGUUCAUCGGCGCCUCAUUCGGUCUCCUUUGGCAAUUUGGAUUUGGCCGCUCUGGCCAAAGCAGGAGACUUGUCGGCACUCACUAGUGCAGCCGCGCGGAAUGUCUGCAACAGCAAUACGGCGCCUUUUCCGACCAGUGGAUUCGGAACCAACAUGAACAUUAACGUCGGCACGGGCAUGUCCAUGGCAGGAAGUCCUCUCGAUCCUCGCACAGCCGCUGCGGCAGCCGCUGCUGCUGCGAGUACCAAAGCCGCCACCAGCAGUCUCUUGGGAAAUCCACUCGCCGCCGCCGCCACCAACGCCAAUACACUCAUGAACAAUAUCAAUGCCGCAGCAAACAAUGUCAACAAUAACAACAACAAAACGGCUACUGGAAAGGAGUCACUCCCCUGCAGUGAAGCCGAAAUGAAAGCACUCAUGUCCAUGUUUGUAGAAAUCAUGGGCAUGUCCAUGGACACGGAAAAACUUGGAAAGUCCACAGCCGCCAAGAAACGAGCUGCAAAAGCCAAGAAAAAUGGAGAGACGUCUUCUAUCUCGUCUUCUUCCAAUAGCAAUCAUUUGUUUACGUUUGGAGACGACGACAAGAAUGGAGUCGUCUGGCCCGAUCCUGCCAUUGCCGCUGCCACGGGAGAUUUAGACGCGCUCAAUGCUCAUCGAUACGCCUACUCGGAUGAUGAUGACGACGACGAUGAUAGUUUGCCACCACUCGAUGACAUGAAUGAAAUUCAAUUGCAACAACAACAACAUGACAAGAAAACGUCCAAAAACAACAACAUCCCCAAAGGCACAACGGCCGCGUCUCUCAUUGCCAAUGCCAGUGGUGCCACACCCAUCACGGGACGAUCCGGGAUUGCUCCCGUCGAAUGGGAAUCACUUGAACAGGUCGCCAUUGAAGAUGCCAUGGAAGCCGAAGAACGGGCUCGAAAAGCUGCCAAACGACGAGAAAAGAAAAAUCGAAAGAAAGAAAAGGCACGCAAAGAAGCCGCGGCCAAAGCGGCCGAAGCAGCUGCCAAGAAACGAGAAAAGGCAAUCUUGUCGUGGCGUAGUCGCGUCGUUUCUGCCUGUCAAUCCAAUGAAGUCGAAAAAUUGCAAUCCUUGUUGGAAGAAUCGCCCUUGACGACGACAACCACAACAACUAGUUCUUUGGAUGCCGAUGGCACACCACCACCCCUCAUGACCAUGGCGACCAUGACACCUCAUUUGGAAUUCCUAUUGCCACAUACCGUCGCCAAGAAUCGGACACUGGCCGAACGAGGGAAUGAAGCACGGACCAAACUGGCGCAUUACGUCAUGGACACCAACUUGCCGCUAGUCUUUACGACGCAACUCCGAACGGGACGAACCGCAUUGCAUACCGCCUGCUUGUUGGGUGAAAUCAACUUUGUAGACCAUGCCCUACAUUUGGCACAAAAUUGGACACAAGAGGGGGAACUGUCAACACUGCCCAGUUCCUAUCUAUCCACGACGUGCCAGGAGUCAGGUUUUGCACCCAUUCAUUACGCCGUAUUGUCCGGAUCCAAACCCGUAUUGGAAACCAUACUCAAAGCCGGUGCCGAUGUCAAGCUGAAAUCAACCGAUACGCAUACGUGGAAGUCAAGUACGGGGAAGGGCAUAUCGCCUCGGGAAUUGGCCGAAACGCUAUCGCAUGGAUCACAAGACAAAGUGCUGGAGACACAUGGCUUGGCGCUACAAGAAGCACUGGGCUACUUUUCCUCGUCCAAUGAUGAUCGGAAGAGGUUUCGGGUCAUUAUGGAACGAAUGGUCGAGAGGUUAAGAGAUGUCGAACAACAUGGAUACUCACCGCCUCCACCAGAACCAGAGCCGGUCGUAGAGGAAGAACCUGAAGUCGUGGAAGCCACUCCUCCAAAGGGCAAUGCGAAGAAUGACGAUGAUUCGGUCGAACCGGAAGUCAUUGAGCUACGUACUUCCGAGGAGAGUGGUAAUGCUAAGAAUGCCAAAAAGAAGAAGAAAAAGAAGAAGAAAGGUCAACAACAGGCUACGGAAACCACCACCAGCACAAAGAGUACAGCGGAAUCGGACGAAAAGAUGGACCCCAGUGAAACUGCACCGGCGGCUGCAGCGAAGGAUCCGCUGGUGGAGGCUCUGUUGGGCAUGGGAUUCACGGACGAUCAAAUCAGCGCAGCUGUGAAAGCGUGUGGUGGUACAGAUCGGGCUACUGCGGACGAUUUGGUAGUUUGGAUUCUUUCCGAAGGCGCGGGUGAGCCGGUAAGUGAGCCUGCACCCCCAGAACCUGCUCCUGUACCGGUACGAGAGGAACCACGAGUCGUGCACGUAGCUCCUCCUCCACCGGCUCCCGCCCCGGUGCCAGCUCCUGUUCCUGCUCCCGUCAAGGUACACGUACAUGUAAAGCCAAAGGAACCAACGCCAGCUGUUGCUGAUGCUCGGGCCAGGGACGUCAAGGCAGCCGCCAAAAAGGAAGAGGAGGCCAGGCUGAAAGAACAGAGAUUGGCAGCCAAACGAGAAGAGAAGAUCAGGAAAAAUCGCGAGUGGAACAAACAAGCUCAGGCUCGUCAGCAGGAGGAAGAACAAGCUAAGAUUGCACAGGCCGUGGCAGAAGCCAAUCGCGUGGCUUCCCAACGUGCUGCGCAAGCGGCCGCCCUUCAGCAACAGCAACAACUGCAGCAGAAACAUCAGCAAGCUCAGCAACAAGCACAGCAAGCUCAGGCGGCACAACAACAGGCUCAGCAGAAGGCGCAACAACAUCAGGCUGUGGCAGCAGCACAGCAGGUUCUGGCACCCGCAUCUGCCUUCUUCCCAGGAGGUGUGGCUGCCGCAGCGGCUCCGAACAUGAUGGGUCACCCCCCUGCUCAUGUGCGCGGACCACCGCCAAUGUCCAUGCCACCACAGCCUCCCCCGGGGCACUAUGGAGUGCCACCGCAGCCUCUUCAUGCAGCGGCGUACGACGUUCAUGGCCACGGCCAUCCCCAUCUCAACCCACAGGGCACAGCUGGCAACAUUAUGGCUGCCGCUAGCAAAUUGGUCGAAUCGCAAAAGGCAGCAGCCCACGCUCACGGAAGGGUCCAUCCCCAGGCAUACGCACCAGCCGGCUACAAUCCGAUGGCUCCUCCACCUCCUCAGCCUCCGACUGGCAUGCCAAAAAUGCCACCUCCGCAGAGCUGGGAGCCACCGAGCAACCAUGCCCCAAUGUACAACACCGAUGUGUCGUCGCAGUAUCCGUCGAUUGCAGAUGACUCUACGGUGUCGUCGUAUGGCAGUGGUCGAAUACCCGCUCCUCAAUCGUUCAGCGCUAAUAUCCCUCCCGGCUUUCGCCCUGCGCCUACACCGUCGACGCUGCCACCACCAGUCGAGGAAACGGCUUCUGCAGCAUCCUUUGAGGUUGAAGAGAACCCGUUAGGUGAGAUGCGUGCUACAGCUCGAGAGUUUGUUCCCACACACUUCACUACGAGCAGGCCCUCUAGUCGCAACGCAACAACCCUACGUCACCCAACAUCAUUGCCCACAACUGCCGAGUCGCCCACCACUUCUCGUCUACCAGUGUUCACGGGAGCCGACAUGGGUCCAGGCCAAGAUAAGUCACAGCCAUCUACUAGCGGUCUUCUUGGAGGUGUCAACACGUUCGGUUCGUCGCUUUUGGGAGGUCCUGCGCCAAGUCAUCUCGGUUCCCUGGAUCGUCUUCCCAGUGUACCACCCUCGACAGAGCAUUUGUCUCCCGUACCACCCAGCGCGGCAUCCUCCGUGACGGGCAUUACUACCGUGGACGAGCCACAGCUUCCUGUUGGCCUUGGUCUCGACAAGGAUUCCACCAGGACUCCUGCCAUUUUGGAGACAAUUUCGUCUGGUCUCGCGUCUUCCAGCUUUGACAAUUCGGGUGGCGCGAGCGGUGGUGGUGCCUCCAUUUGGGGCGCCAUCAACACGAGUGGUCCUGGAAGUUCGACCAACGCGCUGGCGGGCAUCCCGCUUGCAGGGCUUCCAUCUCUGUCCUUGUCUAGUGGCGGUUCGACUGGUUCUACUCUUGGACCUCGAUCGGAGAGCGUCCCUGGCGAGUCUGUGCUUCCAAGUGGCUUGGGUGGUGCUGGUACGUGGGGUGCUUCCGGCCUUGGCGGCGGCAGCUCAGCCCCAGGAGGCUCGAUCUGGUAGUUUGAUGGAAUGGGAUGGAUGUUCCCCUUGUAGGCUUGCUGUCUAGCUAUAGCAGCUCAAGAAACCUUUGUAUCGCAGUAGACUUCUUCUUUGCAUUACUUGCUUCAUCUGAUCAUGAUUUACAUGAAGGACUGUAGUUGUUUUGUACACGUUGAUAGACCUGGUAC